CAAAUGGUGAUGAGCCUUCGGGUCUCUGAGCUGCAAGUGCUGCUGGGAUACGCGGGAAGGAACAAGCACGGCCGCAAACACGAACUCCUCACGAAAGCGCUGCACCUGCUCAAGGCCGGCUGCAGCCCCGCCGUCCAGAUGAAGAUCAAGGAGCUGUACAGGCGCCGGUUCCCUCAGAAGAUCAUGACUUCCGCAGACCUCUCCCUCCCCGCCGUCCACUCGAGCUCCCUGCCGGCGGCCUUGUCGCCCACGACCAUUCCACAGCUGGCCUACGACGGCCACCCCGCCACGUCCCCCUUGCUUCCCGUUUCUCUCCUGGGACCCAAACACGAACUGGAACUGCCGCACCUUACCUCAGCACUCCACCCCGUGCACCCGGAUAUAAAGCUUCAGAAGCUGCCCUUUUACGACUUGCUGGACGAGUUGAUAAAGCCGACCAGUCUAGCGUCAGACAACAGCCAGCGGUUUCGAGAAACCUGCUUUGCGUUUGCCCUCACACCGCAGCAAGUGCAGCAGAUCAGCAGUUCCAUGGACAUUUCUGGAACCAAGUGUGACUUCACCGUGCAGGUCCAGCUGAGAUUCUGCUUAUCCGAAACCAGUUGCCCGCAGGAAGAUCAUUUCCCACCAAACCUUUGUGUGAAAGUUAAUGGGAAACCAUGUAGCUUACCUGGCUAUCUCCCGCCAACCAAAAACGGGGUUGAACCAAAGCGGCCCAGCAGACCAAUCAACAUCACCUCCCUCGUGCGGCUCUCCACGACAGUACCAAACACAAUCAUCGUCUCGUGGACUGCAGAAAUAGGAAGGAAUUAUUCUAUGGCGGUCUACCUUGUAAAACAGCUGUCUUCGACAGUGCUGCUGCAGAGAUUACGAGCGAAAGGCAUACGGAACCCGGAUCAUUCUAGAGCGCUGAUCAAAGAAAAAUUAACAGCUGAUCCCGACAGUGAAAUAGCGACGACCAGCCUGAGAGUUUCUCUUCUGUGUCCACUUGGUAAAAUGCGGCUGGCGAUACCUUGCAGGUGCCUGACCUGUUCACACCUGCAGUGUUUCGAUGCCACUCUGUAUAUCCAAAUGAACGAGAAGAAGCCCACCUGGGUCUGCCCUGUGUGUGAUAAGAAGGCCCCCUACGAACACCUCAUCAUCGACGGGUUGUUCAUGGAAAUCUUGAAAUAUUGCACAGAUUGUGACGAGAUUCAGUUUAAGGAAGAUGGUUCGUGGGCUCCUAUGAGAUCAAAAAAAGAGACCCAAGAAGUGACUUCCACUUUUAACGGAGUGGAAGGCUGCUUAAGUUCCUCCGUGGACCAUCAAGUGUCUUCGCAUCAUCAGUCGGGCAAAAACAAGAAGGUCGAGGUGAUUGACUUAACCAUCGACAGCUCGUCGGACGAGGAGGAGGAGGAGCCGUCGGUCAAGAGGAGUUGCCCCUCCCUGUCCCCCGUGUCCCCCAUUAACAACAAGAGCCUUCUGAGUCUCCCGCACCAAGCGUCUCCUGUUUCGAGAACUCCCAGCCUCCCGGCGGUGGACACCAGCUACAUCAACACGUCGCUGAUCCAAGAGUACAGGCACCCGUUCCACAUGACGCCCAUGCCUUAUGACCUCCAAGGAUUGGACUUCUUUCCUUUCUUGUCCGGAGACAAUCAGCAUUACAGCACUUCGCUUCUAGCUGCUGCGGCCGCAGCCGUCUCUGCCUCCGACGACCAAGAACUCUUACACUCCCGUUUCUUCCCCUACACUUCAUCCCAGAUGUUUCUGGAUCAGCUAAAUGCCGGCGGGAGCGCCACGCUCCCGGCCACGAACGGCAGCAACAGCGGCAGCAACAGCAGCCUCGUGUCCUCCAACAGCCUCCGAGAGAACCACGGCCACCCCGUGGCCAACCGGAGCAGCACGGAUCCCGCGUCGCUCUUUGGGGUCAUCCCGGACAUUAUUUCUUUGGACUGAGUUCUGUCGAGACGGCUCUGGACUUGCCAGAGGAAAGAGAUUUGGGGGCUUGGUUUUACCUUAUUUUUGUUUAGAAAUGCAGAUGGAGCUUUUUUCCUUUUUGUAGGGUGAAAAGAAUAUUAAGACAUGUACAGAGAACAAAACUAUAUUUUCAGUUGUACUUUUGUAUAUAAACAGAAGAUGGUUUGACUGGUAAAACAAACAAAAAAAAACCACAGCACCAGAAACUCCCAAGCUAGAUUUUUGGAUACCGAAGAUUUUACAACCUUCCUGUUUGUCCGGAGUGCCGAUUUCCUUUUGAAAGUUUUGACCUUUAACCGCAUAACCCUUUUAUUUUCUUCACAGCGAUGCUAACGGAAAAGAAGUGGAGUGGCUUUUGAAGUUUCGGGAGCUGUAGGGGGAUUUUUUCCCCCGUUCGGAAGCAAGCAGAUGGCCCCUGCAAUUGGAGAAGGAACCGCUUCCCCCUUAGGGCGCAAUCUGUCGGGGAUUGUUUUCCCCGCACGAGCCUCGUCAGAAAGAAUGAGCCUUGUGCCUGUUGAUCGGCUGUUCCCUCGUCUCUGCUGUAAUUUAAGCGCAAAUUGAAUUCUUCCAUUUAUAUAAAUCGCCCCCACCCCCACCCACCCCCAGCAGUCUGCUGGACUGUUUGUUUCCUAGUUCUGAAAGUCAGCUCAGAACC